CCACCGUACAUACAUACCCAAGCUUUCCCCUAGGCGCGCCGUGUAGUGUACCGGUGUAUGAGGAAAGAACAGUGAUUCAAAUAAAUCCCCUUCCGAGUUCUACCGCUCUGCCAAUUUGUCGUUACAGGACUGGAAAACGGAGAUAUCAAAAACUGCGCUGUAAUGGAGUUUUCAACUUGCCCUAUUUGUAAUCUAAGUUUACCUUCAAUCGAACUCCAGAGACAUGCGAAUGACCAUUUCACUGAGGAAGAUUAUGCUACGGAUUUCGAAUUGGCGCAGCAAAUUGCGCUUUUCCCGCCAUCUCCACCCCGAAUUACAGGAGAUUCCUUGAAAUGCACACUUAGUUCAUUGGAUACCCCACAGUCCAGUUCGUAUACAUGUGAUGCUAAGAUAACUGGGUACGAAGUGCUCAAUCACGAUGAAAAACAUGCUUCAUUAGUCCACCCUAAGAAUAUGGAGAAAUUCUACAAAGUCGAAGGCAAAUUGAUGACAUUGCUGAAAAAAUGCCUUGAAACAGAACCUGGAGACACUCUAAGCAUACUGUGCGGGCAUAUUGAUCAUUUUGAAAGCAUUAAGUCUUGGGACGGUGGCUGGGGAUGUGGUUGGCGUAAUAUACAAAUGCUUAGCUCUUAUUUGCUUGCCCAAAGUGAAGAAUCUCGAGGCGUAUUGUAUGGUGGUUGUCGGUUUGUGCCUAAUAUCCGUACAAUUCAAUCUUGGCUCGAACUCGCUUGGGGAAAGGGUUUCGAUACGCGGGGCUCGGAUGACUUCGAUAAGAAAAUUUAUGGCAAGAGAAAUUGGAUAGGGACCACUGAGUGUGCCGCACUUUUUCGGUCCUUUGGUCUUCGUGCAAGGAUAGUGGAUUUUUGCAGUAAAAAUUUCGAGUUUGGUGGUUUGGGAAGGAAAAAUAAGCAGGUUUAUGGCCCCAUGGACGUGUUCCUGUCCAGAGGGAAAAUGCGUUUGGAUAAAAGCUCUAAGCAUCAUGAUGUUUUGUCAGAGAAAGCAAAGUGUCAUCAGGUUCUUACUGAGUGGGUGUGGAAUUACUUUUCUGGCAGCAAUGCACGCAGAACAGAAAAUUGUCGUGUUGUUUUUAGUGAGAAAUCGCCAUUGUACUUCCAGCAUGAUGGCCACUCGAGAACUAUCGUAGGAAUUCAAGCCAAGCAUCUGAAAAAUAGGACGAAGCAGUACAACUUGUUAAUUUUAGAACCUUCUGAUAAAACCAGAGUUCUUGAAAAAUCUCUCAUUGAGAAGUCUGGAUGGCAGAAAUUCAUAAAGAGAGGUGUCCACACACUAAAAAAGCCACUGUAUCAGGUGUGUUAUGUUGAUCCUGGAAUUGCUCGUGGGGAAGAGUUGGAGAGGCUGAAGACCAUAAAUAGCUCCCGUUGCGAAUUUUAGACCAACAUAAUUGUGUAAUUCUAUUUCAUGGGUAAAUUGAUCUUCAUUCAACACAAUUUCAUUAACAGAACCGUGUUUCCAUAAGGAUUCAGGGAUUUUUGUUAGUAUCUUUAGGUUAGUACUUGUGCAGUUUAUCUGUCUGUGCACAUAAACUAGAAAGAUGUGCUGUUACAAGUUUGAAAUGGUGAAUUAAGUUAUUUAUUUAUUUUGCUUAGUCUCUGGAUUCGAAAGUAAAAUUUGUC